UGCUACUUCAGCUAACUUUGCGAUUGAUGCUUCUCACGUCGACAUGUUUUGUACGUUUCUGAGCAAUUCUGGAUUUUUCCGAUUUUUCGAACAGGAACAAUAAGCUCUUGUCUCUUCGUAGUUUGUUCUUAUUCGCCAAACCUCCGAACAGUUCAUUCUUCGCAUCGUAGUUCUGCAAGCGAAAAAAUCAACGACGUGUUACAUUGGCAGCAUUGCUUGCCUUACGCUUGUCAACUGUAGUAGACUGGAAUGAAUUGACUGUGGAGUUGUCGCGAGUGAUUACUAAUAAUACUUUAUUUUCGUAACAGUUCUGAGUCAAGCGAAAAGAGGAGACCGAUUUCUCGUGCCGCGCCGUGGCUUUGGAUAGUCCAUUUCUGAGAUAAGACGAGCGUCAUGGAUGACUUACAGAACUACAAGCUGCAGCUUCAGCAGGUGGAAGCGGCUCUCACAACAGAUCCAAAUAAUGAAGAGUUGAUAAAGCUGAAAUUCGAUCUGAAGGAAGUAAUAAAGCUGACACAUGAUUUAAUUAAGUCACAACAGCAGGAAAAAAGACAAGCCAAUGGCAUGGAUGCUAAAGAUCCUAUUUUGCUAGCAGUUCUGGCCAAUAAGUGGAAAGUCGGCGAUCAGUGUAUGGCACCUUGGAGCGAGGAUAACAAGUAUUAUGAAGCAACUAUAGAUGCGAUAAAUGAAGAUGGAAUAGUAAAUGUGACGUUCAAUGAGUACAAGAACACUGAUGUUACUAUGCUCAGUCAGCUAAAGUCCGUUGCUAAGAGGCCAGCAUCAGAUUGGGCAGAUCAAAAAUCAAAGAAAAUGCAAGCAGCUGCAGUUGCGGGUUCGGAUCCAAAUAAGCAAAGGGAAUACCUUAAGAAAAAGAAGCAGAGGAAAUUACAGCGAUUCAAAGAACUGGAGGAGGAACGGGAAUUGGAAAAAAACAAGUGGCUAGCAUUUACUAACAAGUCUUCGAAGAAAGGUGUUAUAAAGAAGAGCAUCUUUGCGACACCGGAGAACGUAAAUGGUCGUGUGGGAAUUGGUACCUGUGGUGUUAGUGGUCGAGAAAUGACCAAGUUCAGUAACGGAGAAAAGUGGAGGCGAGGAGCUUAAAUAAAUUAUAUGUAAAUAGAUAUAUCAUAAUUUGUGAUGAAUGAGAUAGAGUUAUCGUGAAAUUAUCAUUAUAUUAUAAAGACUGGUUCACGAACGCUUCUGCGGUACGUGAGUGAACGAUAUGGCAAUGUUUAUGGGGUUAGCGACAGUGAGUGCGUCUAAUAUCUUUUCUUAGCAAUACCGAUUCUAUGGAGUAUCAAGACAAUUUCGAAUUUUUUACUAUAACAAUUCAAAAGUAACUGCAGCGAAUAAAUGUGUUUUUAGAUUAAUACAUUUCCGUAAGCAUAACUUGUUUACAAUCUUAUUGAAUAUAAAUAAAUGUAUAUUUUAA